GCCGGGCUCCGGGAGUGCGGAGCGCCGGCGCUGUGACGCGGGGGCCCCGCGCGCCACUCCUGGGCGCGUCCCCGGGGGGAGACGCCACCGCCUUCGAGUCUCGGGGGUCCUCGCCCCACCCCGGUCCAGGCCGUUGGUGUAUCUUUGUAAACUGGGAAGCGCGGUCACUUCCUUCCCUGAACAAAAUGCAGGGCCCAAUAAACGUUUCCAAACUGCCGGGUACACCUAGGGGUCGCUUCAGUCUUUCUGGAUUACAGGGACUGCCGGGCUCGGCUCGCGAGCGGCUGCGGAGGCCUCUCCCGGGCCCUCGCCAGAACCCCCGCAGCCCAGCCCUGCUGGAUCAGAGUGGACAUUGCACUGACCCCAGGAGGUCCCUAGGAAGAUCAAAGUCUGAGAAGCUCUACUCUGGGGCGCGUCUGCUGUCAACAUUCAUUGAAAGCGUGGUGCUUAAAAGCAAUCAGCCUGGGAAUUCCGAGGAAUUACCUAACCUGAGCCUAUUUGCUUAAAAAAAAAAAAAAAAAAAAAAGGAGGGGGCAGUAAUAGUACCUAAUUCUUAGGGUUGCUGGGAGGGUUAAAUGUGACAUUCAAGGAAGGCACCCAGCACUGCACAUCGCGAGCGCUCAAUAAGUGUUGGUCCUUCAUCAGCAAAUGCGCUGAGCACCCAGUGGGUGCCACACCCUGUGCUGGCGUGGAGAUAAAUCAGACUCCUGCAGUCCUUCCUGGAGCAGAUGCCAGCCCACCACAAGCCACUCAGCAUUUCCUGAACUCCCACUAAGUACAAAAGACAGUCUCUGUCCUGCAGGAAAGCCACCCUCCCCCACUGCCAUGAAAAACUGGCAGUUUCCUUCUUGCAAAAGAGCAAAUUUGGCCUUGAAUUCAGGAAACCCACAUCCUGAUCCCAGCCCUGCCACCAACGUGGUUCUUGAGUUGCACUGUGGUCUUCAGUUUCCUCAUCUGCAAAAGAAAUUGCAUCAGAUUAUCAUUAGGGUCAACUUUCUUCUCCCUCAAAAACCUGUGGUCUUGCACCUUCAGGGGAGCUAUUGCAGUGGAGACCACUUAGCUGAUAGCCCAAGAUGUGUAACCAAGGCUGGAGUUUCUGUAACCCUCACUCCACCCCGUGCCUGCCCGCCCCUCCCGGAGCACCACUCCUUCCCUUCUGAUGUUGUCUGGCAGUAUCUGCAUUCUAAUCAGGGGAAAACUUUUCAAGUCCCUUGACCUUCAUCUUGACUUGAGCCUAGGUUAGCAUCAAACACAGAAGCCCAGAGGCAGCCAGCCAUGCCCACUGCUCCUACUCCUUUCCUGAGACCCAUCCCUGAUGUCAUAACUGGGUAACUAUGACAACUUGUCAGGGGAACAGCUAGGCACCUCACAGAGGAGUCUGGAUGCCUCAUUUCGGAAGUGAGACUAGGAAGAGAAGAUGAACAAUUCCCUGGAUUAUCUGGCCUACCCUGUCAUCGUCUCUAAUCACAGGCAAAGCACAACCUUCAGAAAGAAACUGGACUUUGGCCACUAUCUGUCUCACAAGAAUAGAGUACAAAUAGUGAAGCCUACUGUUGAUACCAAACCUCCAGUGGCGCACACACAUCACCUUUUAAAACUGAGCAAACUACAGGGUGAACAAAAGAGAAUCAACAAAAUCGAGUAUGAAAACAAGCAACUCUGUCAGAAGAUCGCAAAUGCCCAUCGCGGCCCUGCCAAGGUGGAUUGCUGGAAUGAAUAUUUUUCUAAGAGCUUAAACAGGGAAACAAGGAACCGCGAGCUACUGAGAAUCACCAUGGAAAACCAGGGCAUUCUGAAGAGGCUUGUUGAUCGCAAACCCCACUAUGACCACAGGGCAUCGGAGAUAGACUGGCAGAAUUCAAGGCGCUAUAUCAGAAAUACCACGAGAUAUCUUCUCUCCCAAAACGAAUAGGUUACUCGCCAUGGAAAAGAUACAAGAGAAGGUCCUAGGAUUUCCUGGCUGCUUAGGAUCUUAAGACACUCCUGAGUGGCUGAAUGCUCAAUCUUCAGAUGCUUCAAUAAAGCUUGGAACAUAAAAUGCAUAAGUUACAUUCAGGGGACCCAAAGGCUUUACGUUCUCAUUCCAAAAUGGGGCAGGUAAAAGGAAAGAUGCAAUGAGCAUUUUUAUUUGGGGCUAUGAAGAGAAGUUUUAAUGAGAGAGAGAGAGAGAAAUCGGAGAGAACUCUUUUAAACAUACACCAUCAUCACCAUCCCACGGAAGAAGAAAAGCUGGGGUGAGAUCAUCCAGCCACAAGUACGGCACUUCACAAUGGAUAACACAAUCACAUGACAACAUCAAGGUUCAGAAAACACGAAGAACAAAUGCCGUUAGUUCCUCUGUGAAUACACACAAUC